CACUCUUUUCCUUCCCCUACCUCACUGAACUACUGUCCAUUUCUAUUGUAUAAGGAAAAUCGCAAAGAAAAAUGGAGUUACUAAAGAUUCCUUAGAAAUUAGCAAUAACAAAUAUGAUUCUUUAUGAUAGUCCUUGAAUUUACCAUUUUAAAAUCUCAAGAUUUAAUACUUUUCUUGAGAGAACUAUCAAUACAUUUGAAAGAACGAAUGAUACAUUAAAAGUUGGCUAAGUUAGCCGUUCGAUUUGCUUUUAAUAACAUUCGUCAUUUUUUCUCAUCCACUAACUUUUAUUGUGCCGAAGUAAUGACGUCUUUGGCAGCACUAGAAACAAAUGCAUCUCCCUUCCGACCAGCACAGCUUUUCACGGUGUAUAUCACGGAUUCUAGCCAAGGGGUUCCACAAAAUGGACAGUCGUUGUAUAGUGAUACAUGGGCAACAAACUCACUCUCAACACAAUCUGUUACCUCUAGUUCUUUUCUUAACACAAAUAUUGGACAGAGUCUUGAACCAUGGGAUAAUACCAUACAGGUCUUAAGCUCCAGAGGCCGCAGUCUUAAUGUUUUCAAUGAAAUGUGGUCAAAUGGAUCUACGAUUACUAAUCCAUCUCUAACCAAUAUCACACAAGGUCAUUUCCAGCAACUGAAAACUGCCAAGAAAGGAACACCACCUGGCAUAGCUGUCUACUCCAAAAAGGCAUCAUUUCAAUCGAAUUCCCUUACGCCACUAACUUCAACAUCAUUUGAUAAUGUCCAUGAACUAAGAAACCAAUUCAGCGAAUUAACUAUUAUCGACCGACAGACAAGCAAACGUCCACCAAGUCACUACCUUUGUCAUUUAUGUUUUAGAAAAGGGCAUUAUAUCAAGGACUGCCCUCAGGCCCGGCCAAAAGGUGAAGGACUGACUCCAUAUCAAGGAAAGAAAAGAUGUUUCGGUGAAUAUAAAUGCCCAAAGUGCAAACGCAAAUGGAUGAGUGGCAACAGUUGGGCCAACAUGGGUCAAGAAUGCAUCAAAUGUCACAUUAAUGUUUAUCCAUUCAAACAGAGACCACUAGAGAAACCUGAUGGUUUGGAUGUAUCCGACCAAAGCAAAGUGCAUCCACAGCAUCUGUGUGAAAAAUGCAAAGUUCUAGGAUAUUAUUGCCGCCGAAUGAAUUAAAUUUACCAUUAAUAGUGACAAUGAAAUGACCAUUGAAACAAGUUUUAAUAUGAAGUUAUAUAACAGAACUGUAUGAAAUCUGGUUUUGCAUAUUUGAUUGUAAAAAUUACUAAUUGAAUUAUGUCUGUUUUCAAAGAGUUUAACAUUUCUAAAGUUGAAGAUUCAACCAUCCACUGGCAUCAAUUUACCGUUUUGAUUUUUAACAUUACGAAUUAUUCACUCUACAUAAUAACUCAAGUAGCUUCUGAAAAAGUGUGUAAUUAUAUGAGAAGCCUAAAUUAUUUUAACUUUGUUUAAAUAUAUAUAUAUAUUUGUGUGUGUAUGUAUAUAUAAAGGUAUUUGAAUUUGUACAAAUAAUAAUAAUGAUAUAUAUAUAUAUAUACAUUUAUGAGUAAAAUUGUUGUAUACUUUUUAACUAACCCUUGGGUGUUGAGACGAAUGUAUAGUCGAGAAACUGAUGACAUUUAUUAUAUGCAUUUUUAAUUAAUUUUUAAUUCUUAAACAUUAAUGAAGACAUUUAAAGUUUUGGUUGUCAAUGUUUUAUGUCUUUUAAAUUAUCAUUACGUUACAUUUUAAAAUGUCAAGAGAUUUAAAUUAAUCACAAUCAUUCUGUAAUUUUUCCUCAUUUCUAACGUCAGCACCAAAAUCAUCGUCGUCAUCGCCAUUUAACAUGUUUUUCCAUGCUGGCAUGAGUUGGAUGGUUCAGUAGGACCUAAAAAGCUAGAGGACGGCACCAAACCCCACUUGUCUGUUUUGGCAUUAUUUCUAUAGUUAGAAGCCCUUCCCUAACACCAACCACUUUACGGCGUGCACUGGGUGUUUUUUUUUUUUUUUUUUCCCAAGGCACCAGCACUAGUGAAAGCAUGACAAAGAGACAGUGUAUUUUAUGCAUUUCCUCAUGCUGGCCUCAGUUGAACAGAUUCAUAAUUCACCAUUUUACAUACCUCUGUCUUUGAUUAUCCCUUUAGUGAAUCCUUUUUCCACAAACAAGAUUGAUUUGAUAUAAUCUCAGAUCAUUUUUAAUACCAUUGCUUGUGUAAACUGCUCAAACACAAUCGGAAUGUUAUUACCAAUUUUACAUUCAUUCUAAUUUUUGAGAUGUACUUAUCAGGCAAAUGAUUUGAUCUGAGAUUUUGUGUUGAACCUACAACAAUUGCUGAGUGGAGGACACUUGUAUUAGCCAGUCAAAAUCACACAAAAAGCUCUUAACUUAAACAUUUAUUAUUUGAUGCCAACAUUUUUGUGCACAAAAACUGUGAAUUGGCCGCAGACGUGGUUUCAUAGCAGAUCUUGACUCAUCUAUUGAUUCGUUUUAGAUUAUGUUCAAAACCCAAAAAAUUAUGAACAUCAAAAAUUCCAAAUAAGGGUUGGAAG